CACUUGUUGAAAGAUUUACUGUAAAGUAUAAACAAAACAAAACAAAACUCCAUCACUGUAUCUGCGUGGGAACUCAACUACUUCACUGAUUCAUUCCUCUCUCUAUCCCUUAAACCAAACAUGGAAAUCAUUCCGAUCCCCGCCGAUUCCUACACACUCGGUUUCAUCGGCGCCGGUAAAAUGGCCGAAAGCAUUGCCAAAGGCGCCGUCCGCUCUGGCGUCUUAUCCCCUUCUCGCAUCAAAACCGCCAUCCACUCUAACCCCGCUCGCCGUACCGCCUUCGAGUCCAUCGGCAUCACCGUCCUUUCUUCAAACGACGACGUUGUUCGUGAUAGUAACGUCGUCGUCUUCUCGGUUAAACCGCAAUUAUUGAAGGAUGUUGUUUUGAAAUUGAAGCCACUUCUUACUAAGGAUAAGCUUUUGGUUUCUGUUGCUGCUGGAAUCAAGAUGAAAGAUCUUCAGGAAUGGGCUGGCCACGAAAGGUUUAUAAGGGUAAUGCCUAACACAGCUGCUACAGUUGGCGAGGCAGCGUCAGUUAUGAGCUUGGGGGGAGCUGCAACAGAAGAAGAUGCAAAUCUUAUAUCUCAAUUAUUUGGGUCAAUUGGCAAAAUAUGGAAAGCUGACGAUAAGUAUUUUGAUGCAAUAACUGGCCUGAGUGGGAGUGGUCCUGCUUAUAUUUAUUUAGCAAUAGAAGCUCUGGCUGAUGGAGGAGUAGCAGCUGGUCUACCACGUGAUCUUGCAUUAAGUCUAGCUUCUCAGACUGUAUUAGGAGCAGCAUCAAUGGCCACCCAAAGUGGGAAGCACCCUGGACAGCUCAAGGAUGACGUCACUUCUCCUGGUGGGACAACAAUUGCAGGCGUUCAUGAGUUGGAAAAAGCGGGUUUCCGUGGAAUACUGAUGAAUGCUGUCGUUGCUGCUGCUAAACGCAGCCAAGAGCUUUCCUGAGUCUAUAGAUGAGGAUCCUAUGAUUUCUAAGCGAAAAUUCGAUUUCUGUAGAAUUUUAUGCCUAUAGUAUGUCAAAGUAGGGUUCUUCUUUGAGAUGAGUUAAACAUGCGAGAAUGUUUAGCCAUAGCAACAUUCUUCUUUUUACGAAUGCUACUAGUUAUGGACGAGCUUGGCCGAUUAGCAGAGAAUAACAGUCAGUUUCUCAAACAUUAUGAAUAGGAACACAAGAUGCUUUAGCAAUCAACCCUGGCCGAUUAGCAGGGGGUGAUGUUUCUUUACAGAAGAUGAUUACUAAAGCAUAGGAACACUUGGCCACUAGAGUUGCAUCUACUUGUAUAUGCAAUUAUGCUUUUUAUUUCUAAUCCUCCAGCUUGUUUCGUUUAAA